CAUCUCCUGCUCAGACUCUCCAAGGAGGCUGAGAUGUAGACAGGAUGAAACUGGCGGGGUGUUUUUCCGAGGACCGUGCCUCUUGGUUGUCGUUACCUGUCGUGGUGUAUCAUUACCAUCUAUUUAUUACCUGGGGAACAGGAGGAGCGUAUUACCAUUUUAUCGAUGUCUGAGGAUUAUGGACCUCUACAAUAACGAACAGCGGUGUAACGGUUCGGACACCCGCACCGUUCUUCUUCUUCUUUCCUUUAUUAGCUUACACAUUUUUAAAGCACUGGCAUCGGUAAUUUUCUCACAAAAUGUUGAAUUUAGCGCUCUGUCGACGUGAAGGAUGUCCGUGGCACGUCAUUUUUUGUUGCCGCUGGACAUGAACGUGUGCGGUGCACAAACCUGUGGACGGGCGCCGUUUCCCAGGCAGUAUGAUACAAUAUUUUGACAUAAGCGUUAUUUUUGUGUGUUACGCUCUAUUGCGCAUGCCUAGUGUUAGCUAUAGAAAGCUGCCCGACGCCACUUCUCUCCGUCCUGGCCGUGAUGUAGGAGCGAAAAAGUGACGGGACCGGGGGGGACUACAUUAAAAAAAAUGCGUUGGCAAAGUGGCAGCGUGGCGGCCAAAGGAUUUGAGUUGAGAUCCUUCAUGAAAUAGAUUGUGCCAUAAACUGAAGAAUGUCAGGGACACCAAAUGCAGAGGCUGAAGGAGUAGUCUCCAAAGUGCAAGUGAAAAAGGAGAUCAAGACAAUCGUGGAAAAUUUGGAAACCAUCCUGGGAGACCUCAAGGAUGUAGCCAAAGAGCUCAAAGAGGUUGUUCAUGAGAUUGACACCCUAACUUGUGACCUGCAACUAGAGGAGGACGGACUAACGGACAGCUCAAAGACAGACACAAUGAACUCCAGCUCAAGCUCCACCACCACCACCACCACAGCUUCCAGCCUGGAGAAGAUGAAGCUCUUCCCCGAUGAUUGCUUGUUUAAAACACCUGCACCCCUAACACCGGUCCCCAUCAACCCUCCUGCAGUCCUGACUGUACUCAAGAAGCCACACCCACCUCUACCACCACCAAGGCAUACCCCGCUGAGAGCCGAGGAUCACAACGUCAAGAAUCUGCCUCAUCCAACUUUAGUGUUAUCAGGGAAUAUAUCCAAGGCUAAUGGGUCUCUAUUAAGGAAUGGUGGAGUUUUCCCAUUGAAAUCAAACAGGGAUUUAUUCUCCUCCACGCCAUGCUUUAUUUCUAGUGACAGUGGGAUCCCUGAGUCGGGUCUUGUUCCUACAUUGCCCAGACCCAUGCCUCUUCUACGGCAUGAAAAGAACAAAUGCCCCAAGGCUCCCACCAGGGAGCCUCGUGAGCGGGAACGUGUCCGUUUCAGCGAGAAAGUUCAGUUUCACGGCUAUUGCCCAGACUGCGACCUCCAGUACGAUGUAGAUGACACAGAGCUACACUUACAGGCUGAGUUGAAUGACUUGAGGCUCAGCCCAGUGCAUUGCUGUUCCUCCUCCCCUCCUCCUCCUCAUUCUCUUUCCCAUGAAUUCAUGUUGGAAAACGGCGGACUACCAGUCAGCCACAGUUUUCCGCCAACGGGAAACACUCCUCCACCUUGUGUGCCUCCCCACACACCUUCCCUCAAACCCCAGAAGACAAUCCUUCGCAAAUCAACCACCACCACGGUUUGACGCAAAACCCCACUGUUGUGUCUAGCUUAAACAUUUUUGAAUCAUUCAUAGUGUUUUCUACUUUAUGAGUGCUUUCUACUCCAGUUGAACUUUGGAUUAUCCAUAGAGAAGAAGGGAUGGGAAAUAAGAAACAAAAGUGUGGAUAAAAUGAGUGGAACAGAAAAAGACACCGCCAUGGGCAUCAAGACAUACACAGGGAGAUCAGAAUGAAGCGGUGUUCCCAGGAUAUUUCUAAGGAGCGUGUCACAAGAGGGACCAAGAACAAGACAGGAAGAACAAAUACAGUGUAAAACAUUGUCAUAGAAAAUAUUUGGGCCCAUUGAGAUACUUGAGAUAUGAGAGGAAGGGAUGCUUGCUUCGUACACCAAUCGACCCUGGCUGAUCAGGCAGGGAGGAGCCAGAGCUAAGGCCCAGCAUCCACCACCAUUUACAUAAAGUGCUUGUGGCUCUCAAUCAACGGGAGAUAGCAUCUUUGAGACAAUUUAUUUUGAUGUUUGAGUACUAAACCUCCGGGCACCAGCUGUGCUGGAGCAGUGUCACUGUCUAACUGGCAAAGCAGGAAAGGCAGUCACUGUGUGUUUGUGCACAAAGAUGAAUCUAUUGAUGUGGCGAUAGUAUUUUUAUUCAUAUAAAUGGUUGAUUUAAAGAUUCAAACACUACUGAAACCCUAUCAUCAAAAGUAAAGAUGAAGCAGUACAAGAUGGGGUGAAAUGAUGUCAGUCAGUAUUUGAAUGAUGUCUAUACAGACUUUUGCUCUGUGCGUACUCAGAUGGAAAUCAAUAGCUCCACUCAACCGAUGGAAUUUGCCUUUUAAGAAUUGUAAUUGUUUGUGUCUGGAGAGCCCAGCAGCUCUGCCUGGGAGCAAAAUGCUCUCUGCUGGACUGCAGAUAAGGAGAAAAUAAUAAUUUUGUCAGUACAUGCCAUAUGCACCGCCACAGAGUGUUUUGGAAAGACUCAUGUUUUGAAAUGGUUGAUGACGCUGUCACUGAUCCUUGUCCAGAAAUUAUGUUCGUCGUACAUCAAAAUCUAUCUGCUCAACUGGUGCCAUGCAAGCUGUGUUUAUUUCACAAUAACAUGCAGAGAUUCAGUACAGUCUGGCAUAGUUACAGCUUUAAAGGGUUAUUGAAGAAGUAAUAAUUUGCAUCAAAUUUUGUUUGUAUACAAAUAUACAUGUAUAUUUCAGGCAUUUUUCUACAGAGACUUUAACAUUUAAAGAGAUGAUAUUUUUGAUAUUGUGUUGGAUGACUGAGAGGUAUUUUGAUGAAAGCUGACAUUCCCUCGAGGUAUAUGUUUUUCAGGGCAGAGCCAGAUGAGUUAUUUAUACAUACAGAAUCAUGUUUACAUGAAUGAAAAACUUAAGUAUCAUAACUUAGAGAAACUUUACAGCAUGGGCUGCAUCGGGAGAAAGAAAAUAUAAUACGGAGAUGAAAGGUGGCGAAAACCAAAUACCUAGUUGUGCUUUAUCAGAAGAGAGGCAUGAGACUGAAUGAACGCAUGACUGACUCUUCACUUUGUCCUGCCAUCACUGUGUUUUUCUAUGCAUUUCUGUGGAGAGGCUGUCUGUUGGUGGGUCCCAAAUGCUGGGUUUUCUGCCCUCCACAACACAGAGUUAAGAAGUAUUCCCUCUUAUUCCCUCAUCCAUCGGGUUAAUCCUGACAUCAAUUUAAAACUGACACAUUUCCAUGUUGCUUUGGGUAAUGAGUCAUAGGUAAUUAAAUAAUGAUGAAGUGUAUUUAUAUAUAGCACUUUUGAAAACCAGAGGAGAACACAAUCAAAGUAUAAAGAAACAGAGUAAAAGAAAGAAUACUACUCUAAAUAGAUAAAACAUGUAUAGUGUGUUUAUAUAAAAUCAGUCAAAUCUGCUAUAAGUUCCCACCUGACACCCUCAGAAUCAGCUGAUUUUUUAAUACAAUAACUUGUAUAUUUGAUACUAUGAAAAUGAGUUACUGGCCAUCAAAGUACAUUUUUUUCAGCAUUUUUGAUUCUGUGUAAUUUCCAUGCAGCAGAUAACCACAUGACAUGGAAAAGACAUUAAACUCAGUUCAAAACUGCAAUUAAAUAAAUUCUAUACCCACUUGAAGUGUCACCAUCUACAGUCGAGUCAGCACGUUUUUUUUCUAUAAGCAACUGUGAGCAUCAAUAUCAUGGAACAUAAUCACAGUUCAGUUUCAGCAGCAAAACUACACAAAUGUCUGUGAAGCAGAGUAAGAGAAACAAGCACUGAUACCCUGAAUAUUUUGUCUCCUGAUAAUUCACUAAAAAAAGGUGCAUUUUGGGUAAACUUUCAAGUGUCAUAUCUAGAGCCAAAAUGAUUCAUGGCACACCAAUAUUGGCGAUUUGCUGAACUUUUGGUAUCACCAUUUAUGAAAUUUAUAAAUGAAAAUGUAAAAAGUAAAGACAAAAAGAAACAUCCUUCAACUGUUAUGAGUUCUGACGUUGCAUAAUUUGCCCACCAGAAGGCACUCUGUAACGACCAGCUGAUCCGGGCAGAAUCAGCCAAUCAUUAAAAAGUAAAUAAAUAACUACACAUACUACACCUGUUUCUCUUUCAUGUGCAAGAAAAAAAUAU